AUAAAACCUUUUAUUAUUACUCGUAUUAGUAUUAUAGGCACAACAGUCUCACGGAGCAUAUAUAUCUAUAUAUCUUUAUCUAUCAAAAGUGUGUGUGAAGAAAUGGCGAUUAGGAUAGCAGCAUGCCACACUAUAGCUUCACUUCCAUUGAAGUCUUCCUUCUUGUCAACCAAAACCUCUUCUUCUGUUAUAUGCCUUCCUGAAAAGUUAUCUUCAACCGUUUCUGUUGGUUUCCGACGCCGUCGUUUUUCGUCUUCAAUUACAAAAAUAAGCAUGAGCCUUAAAGCCGGAAUCGUCGGUCUUCCUAAUGUUGGCAAAUCCACUCUCUUCAACGCUGUUGUUGAGAAUGGAAAAGCCCAAGCUGCUAACUUCCCAUUUUGUACUAUUGAACCGAAUGUUGGAAUUGUUGCUGUUCCCGAUCCACGUCUCCAAGUACUCUCUAACCUCAGCAAAUCUCAACGAUCAGUUCCAGCUUCUAUAGAAUUUGUAGAUAUUGCUGGCCUUGUGAAGGGAGCCAGUCAAGGAGAGGGUUUGGGUAACAAAUUUUUGUCACACAUACGUGAAGUGGACUCUAUACUUCAGGUUGUACGUUGUUUUGAGGAUAAUGACAUUGUUCACGUGAGUGGGAAAGUUGAUCCCAAGUCAGACAUUGAUGUCAUCAACUUAGAGCUAGCCUUUUGUGAUAUGGACCAGAUUGAGAAAAGAAUAGAGAAACUCAAAAAGAGCAAAACUAAUAAUUCACAAGUCAAAGUCAAGGAGGAGGCAGAAAAGACUGCAUUGGAAAAAGUACAACAAGCACUUCUGGAUGGGAAACCAGCAAGAUCAGUGCCUCUAACAGAUUUUGAAAAGGAGUCUAUAAAUCAUCUAUGUUUGCUUACAAUGAAGCCUGUGAUUUACGUGGCAAAUGUUGCUGAGUCUGAUUUAGCCACACCUGAAAAUAAUCCUCAUGUCAAAAAUGUCAUGGAACUUGCUUCUGAGUUACAGUCUGGCAUAGUAACGGUCUCUGCACAGGUGGAGUCAGAACUAACAGAACUCCCUUUAGAAGAAAGAGCAGAAUUUUUAACAUCUCUUGGUGUAGAUGAAAGUGGGUUAGGAAAUCUUAUCAGGGCAACAUAUAACCUCCUUGGCUUACGCACAUACUUUACCUCUGGAGAGAAGGAAACUAAAGCAUGGACCAUACAUGCAGGAAUGACUGCACCCCAAGCGGCUGGGGUUAUCCAUUCUGAUUUUGAGAAAGGUUUUAUCCGGGCAGAGACAGUGGCUUAUAACGAUUUUGUUGCUGCUGGUUCAUUAUCAGCUGCGAGGGAAAAAGGACUUUUGAGGUCUGAAGGGAAAGAGUAUAUAGUACAAGAAGGUGAUGUUAUGUUGUUCCGGUUUAACGUGUGAUGCACAUUGGAGUCAAUUUUGGGAUACUUUUUCUUCAAGGUAAGCUUCUUAUAGAUGAGACAAGAAGUAAUGAUCAUGUCUCAUAGUUUUACAUCUGAUAUCUACCUAAUACAAAUAUUAAAUACACUUAUUUAUUUGUCAAUUAAAAAAAAUGAUUUGUUAUCAAAUUACAAAGCAGGAGAGAGUUAAGGAGGGAUUCCUUUGUAGACAAGAAACACUCUGAUCAUGUAUUAAAGUUUUGAUACAAAAUAGAUUCAAGUUGUUGAUGGUAUCAAUUACAAACCACUAGUAGUGGUUGGUUGGCAUUA